AAUUACCAUUAACUGCUAGUGCCACAUAUCAGUUGUGGAUGAUUAUUAAAGAGAAGUCUUGAAGGAGAGUAAAGCUUUUCUUAGUUGAGAUAGCUGCCACAAACUAUCUUUGCAGCAUCAAAUGGAAAUUUAGUUUACUCAAAGGCUUCGGACUGCGCAAACAUAGAAAACUGAAGUAAGAAGACAUCGCGGAAAAACUACAGCAUAUGAAGUAAAGUCUGGAAGGGAAAAUCUGCUAUUAUAGAAGAAGGAGUUCCAAGAAAUAUCUGCAGGAUUUUCAAUUAGCCAGUAUUUUUAAUAAGCAAGGUUUCUACAUUAAUUAAAAGACUAAAAGGGAUAAACAUUUUCAGCAAACCCAAAUGGACUACUAUCAGGAUGCAGUCAUAUUUGUAACGGGUGCCACCGGUUUUGUGGGCAAAACAUUAUUGGAAAAGCUUCUCUGGAGCUUUCCUCAGAUCAACUGCAUCUAUAUAUUGAUACGAGAGAAAAAUAGCAAGAAACCCCAGCAGCGUUUCAAUGAAUUUUGUUCGCAUAAAAUAUUUGAGCGUGUGCGUGCCCAUUGUCCACAGCGCAUGCGUAAAUUGAAAUUUUUGGCGGGAGAUAUUGAAAGAGAGGAUUUUGGCCUUAGCAAUGUGGAUAAGAAAGUUUUGUGUGCUGAGGUGAAUAUAAUUUUUCAUAGUGCAGCCACGGUACGAUUCAAUGAGCGCCUGAAAGUUGCUGCCAGAGUUAAUGCUGUUGCCACAUGGAAUUUAUUGGAAAUGUGUAAAGAUAUGCCAUUACUGAAGAGUUUCGUUUAUGUCUCCACGGCCUAUUGUAAUCCCGGCCGCAAAUAUGUUCAUGAGGAAAUCUAUCCCACAAUUCCACCAGUCGACUGGAGAUUCUUUGUAAGUUGUUCUUUGAAAAUUCCCGAUGAAUAUUUCGACAGUUUGGCUAAUUAUAUAAAGGGACCUCAUCCAAAUACUUACACCUUUACCAAAUCAAUAGCCGAACAAAUUGUCAACGAUUAUAAAAGUCAGCUGCCCAUAGUUAUUGUAAGGCCCUCAAUUGUUACAGCCUCACAUCGUGAACCCUAUCCCGGAUGGAUAGAUAAUAUUCAAGGUAUAACUGGCAUAAUGAUGGAGAUAGGCAAGGGAUCCUUAAGCAGCAUUUUGGGGGAUAAGGAUAUUAUAUGUGACAUAAUACCCGUGGACUAUGUGGUUAACUCCUUGAUAAUGACAGCAACUAGAGCUACACUGGGAAGAAUUUAUAUAUCCAAUUGCACUUCUGGAGUCAGCAAUCCCAUUACUUGGGAUCGCCUGGGUUGUCUAACACUCAAAUGGUCUCGCAUUUAUCCCACAAAGAAAGUGUUCAUGUUUCCCUAUUUUCGCUAUCGCAAAAACUUUCUUAUGCACGAUAUAGCAGUUUAUGUAUUGCAUUACAUACCGGCUCUGCUAAUGGACUUGAUAACUCUGCUAAUGGGUGGUAAGCGUAAAAUGGUCUUGCCCAUAGCCAAGAAAUUUCGACAGGCCUGUUUAGCUGGCAAAUGUUUUUCUUUAAAUGAAUGGAUUUUUAAGAACAAUAGUCGUUACUAUUUCGAAGAAAUUUUGGCUUCCGGAGCCUUCCCUUGUCUUUAUUGGAAUCUAAAAGACAUGGACUAUGAGAUUUAUAUACGUCAAUUUGUCAUAGGAAUACAAAAAUAUUUGCAUCAGGAAAGAUUUCGAGAAAAUGCACAUAAAUGGCAGAUAACGAGAUUAUACUGGUCCUGGAUAUUUUUACAUGUUUUCCUUAGUUUGUUACUUAUCUUUUUUAUAUUUUAG